AUGAACGGAAUCAUCCAAGCCCCGGCCGAACUCUGGCCGGGGCAAAUGCGAAAUGCCAUCCUGGACCCAGGCACCGCGCGGCUGUUUCACUGGGAGCUUUGUGUUUCGAGCUCCGGACAAUCCGACCUUGAAGCCGCUUGUGUGAGAGAUGGGUCAGCUACUUGCUCUAGCUCGCGCCCCAAGCACCGCGGGGCGGUUUCCAAGCGAGCCGAUCAAAAGGAGAGUCUUAGACGGAGUUGGGGUUGGGUUUCACAGAGAUCGCAUGGGCGGCUGGGCCACGUGUGUGAUCGCAAAGCCCACAGGGUGCGUGGAAGGCAAUCCUUUGUCGAGCAAAUCUCGAGCAGUGCUGGGCAGUGGUUAGGGCGCCUGGUCAUGCGUGUCUCAAUGGCUCAAAGCGGCCUGGCAGUUGAGAAGGCGCCGAUGAAGGGACCAAGCAGCGAGCUGCUGGAGCUGCUGGACGCCAUGUCCAAGGUGCGCAUGGCGCGCCACAUCUUGGCCUUGGUGGGCAAAAAGGAUUUCAAGGACGAUGUGGAAGAGGUGCAGCAGGUUAUGGCUGCCAGGAGGUCUCGUGAGGCUCUUGCCUCCACAGCAACACCAUCCCCAAGAGUCGGGCCGUUGCCCUGUCUCUUGGGUCGACAGCGCGUCGCCGGGCUCGACCACAAAAGUGGCCCAGAGUGCCCCAUCGCUGAGUGCGCCGACAGCCGCAAGCGCCGGAAGCGAGGCAACCGCCGCCAGAGAGGUGGCCGCCGCCGGCAGGCGUAG